AUGGAUGAUGGAGAGCACUGGGAAGGGAGGAUUGGUUCAGUCUAUGUUUGUAAACAGCAGGAUGAUGAGUAUGGAGAAGGAGAAGAUGAUGCUGAAGUCCAACAAGAAUGUUUGCAUAAAUUUUCUACUCGCGAUUAUAUAAUGGAGCCCUCUAUAUUUAACACUUUAAAAAGGUAUUUCCAGGCAGGUGGCUCUCCAGAGAAUGUUAUCCAACUGCUGUCAGAGAAUUAUACUGCGGUGGCACAAACUGUAAAUCUACUGGCAGAAUGGCUCAUUCAAACAGGUGUUGAGCCAGUGCAGGUUCAGGAAACCGUAGAAAACCAUUUGAAAAGUUUACUCAUCAAACACUUUGACCCUCGGAAAGCAGAUUCCAUCUUUACAGAGGAAGGAGAGACUCCAGCCUGGCUUGAGCAAAUGAUAGCACAUCCUACAUGGAGAGAUCUUUUUUACAAACUGGCUGAAGCCCAUCCAGACUGCCUAAUGCUUAAUUUUACUGUCAAGCUUAUAUCUGAUGCUGGUUAUCAAGGGGAAAUAACCAGUGUAUCCACAGCAUGUCAGCAAUUAGAAGUCUUUUCUCGAGUGUUACGUACUUCUCUGGCUACAAUUUUAGAUGGAGGGGAAGAAAACCUUGAAAAGAAUCUCCCAGAGUUUGCAAAAAUGGUUUGUCACGGAGAACACACAUAUCUCUUUGCUCAGACUAUGAUGUCCAUAUUAGCCCAAGAAGAGCAAGGUGGGUCUGCUGUGCAUAGGAUUGCUCAGGAGGUUCAGCGAUUUGCUCAUGAGAAAGGCCAUGAUGCUAGUCAGAUCACUUUAGCCCUGGGUACUGCAGCCUCUUAUCCUCGAGCGUGUCAAGCACUUGGAGCCAUGUUAUCCAAAGGAGCUCUGAAUCCAGCAGACAUCACAGUCCUAUUCAAAAUGUUUACAAGCAUGGACCCACCUCCAGUAGAACUGAUUCGAGUACCCGCAUUUCUUGACCUUUUUAUGCAAUCACUAUUUAAGCCAGGGGCUAAGAUCAAUCAGGACCAUAAACACAAGUAUAUCCACAUAUUAGCAUAUGCAGCUAGUGUGGUAGAGACAUGGAAAAAGAACAAGAGAGUAAAUAUAAACAAAGAUGAGCUCAAAUCGACUUCGAAAGCUGUUGAAACUGUUCACAAUCUGUGCUGCAAUGAGAACAAAGGCGCUUCAGAGCUGGUUGCAGAACUGAGCACCCUCUACCAGUGUAUCAGGUUUCCUGUGGUGGCAAUGGGUGUAUUGAAGUGGGUGGACUGGACAGUGUCGGAACCACGAUAUUUUCAGCUUCAGACUGAUCACACUCCAGUGCAUCUGGCGUUACUGGAUGAGAUCAGCACAUGCCAUCAGUUGCUCCACCCCCAGGUUCUGCAACUUCUUGUCAAGCUCUUUGAAACAGAACACUCUCAACUUGAUGUCAUGGAACAGCUAGAAUUGAAGAAAACCCUUCUGGAUAGAAUGGUUCACUUACUCAGUCGAGGAUAUGUCCUACCUGUCGUUGGUUAUAUUCGCAAGUGUCUGGAGAAACUAGACACAGACAUCUCACUCAUUAGAUACUUUGUUACUGAGGUUCUCGAUGUAAUUGCUCCUCCAUAUACCUCAGAUUUUGUGCAGCUUUUCCUUCCAAUCUUGGAGAACGAAAGCAUCGCAGGCACUAUUAAAACGGAAGGUGAACAUGACCCUGUCACAGAAUUCAUAGCUCAUUGCAAAUCAAACUUCAUUAUGGUGAACUAAGGAGCCGAAAAACAAGAAUCCAGAGUACCAUGAAUACUGAGGUUAUGGACUAUCACUUCUUUUACAUGCCUACCACCAGUAGUGUUCUGCAAUUAAAUAACACAAUGGAAGGGUAGAGAUGCUUGCUGAUCCAUACUGUGGAGAUCUUCUAUUGCAUCUUGAGGGAAGGGUCAACCUGUAAGUUGAAUAAUGCUUCAGGAUAUCUGUAUUAAAAAAGUCAGUUUGCCAUCUUAAGCACAGCAUGAGAAACAGUCCUAUUUCAAGGAAUGUUUUUUCAGUUACUUUACAAGCUUGUAGAAUUUUUUUUCUACUGACUGUCUAUAUUAUAUACAAACGCACACACUCGCUCUAUAUAUGUGAUAAAAAUAAGAAGCUGAAGAAUGGAAAUCAGUUAUAAAUAAAAAAAACCCUUCUGCAGACUUUUCUAGUGAUGGUAAUCCUGAAUAUUGCAGGCUUUGAUCUUGUGAUUUGAUGAACACGGUUAGUGCUGUGCUUCAGAGAACCCAUGAUGAUUUUUUUUCAUUAGUUUCCAGAAGUGAGUAUUCUGAAUAUCCUACAAAAUUACUUCCUUAAAAACUAUGUAUAUUAUGGAAUACAAACUGAAUUAAAUAAUCAAGGCUCGUUUUGUACUGAUAAGACACAUCUUAGGUGGAAGAAGCUUAAUUCAGAAUUCUGUUUUUAAUUGUGUUAGCUUCAUUACCCUGUCAGAGUUGGUACUUCAGUUAAAUUAUCUGAAUAUGUAUAUAUAAACACAGUUUGAUGUAGCUUUUUAUAUUACUUUAGCAUUUAGUAAUUUAGUAUAGAGAAAUUGAGUGGGAAUAAAUGUCUGAGAUUCUAAUUUAUUUUUUCAUAAACAGUACUUGGACAGAGACCUCUUUUAUGGUUAGCUUUUUUAAAACAUAACUGUGUCAAAUGGUGGUUUUGUUUUGUUAUUUUGCACACAAUCUUGUGCAGGAAAAAAAAUAGGGGCACAGAGAAGCUAAACUUGUCAUGCCAUUUUAAGGAAUGUUAUCCACAUGCCAUAAUUUCAUCCAGAUAAAUUGCACUUGUAAUUAAUAAUUGGCACAGAAUUGUUCAAGGUGACAUUCAUAAGAAACCAAACCCUCAAAAUAACCAGUUAAGUGGAUUAUAAACUUGUGUUCAUGAGUCUCUGGUAUUGAGAUACUGCAGGCAUGAAUACACAAGAUAACCUGCCUUUUGAUUAAUGGACUCUGCAGAACUGCAACAACCUUCUUAUCUCCCUCGCUGUCCCUAAUACAAGUGGGAUUCUCCAUCAGACUGUAAUUAACUUGAGUAGUUAAGUAAAGGGGACAGUGGUUCAUAAAUGCAAUCAGAAAAAGGGCUGCUGCAGUAUCUUUGGUUAAUUACUACCAUAACACUGGGACAUUGCACAAAGGUGGUGACUUUUUUGUAUAAAUAAUGCUUCAUAGUUGUUUAAAUGGAAGGUGCUAGAGCAUUCUAAAGUGCUUUGCCAACAUUUAAAAUUGGAGUAUAAUAGGUAGAAAGGAUAACUUUAACUCUUCCAUAAGCUCCCCCUUCUCUGUUUCUCCAACAGAAGUUGUUUGUCUUUAUUGUAAAAGCCUUUCCUGGCUAAUACCUACCCUACUACCAUCUCUCAUUUGCUAUUCAGACAUUAACUCCUGCCUUGGAUUGGUCUCCAUUGUCCCCUUGUUAUCUUGCCAAGCAAUCAUUUUCAUGCUUUGUCCUCUGCUACCCCUCAUGGUUGGAAGGAGCUUGCUGUAAACAUGAAAAUAAUCUUACCCUCCUGAAAAAUGUCCAUUGCUGUGAUGCCUACAAAAAUGGCUAGGCUACUGGUUUGCUGAGACCAGUGCUUACCACGUGAACCAAUAUUAUUUUUCUGUUCUGCCAUCUUGUAUCUCUCUCUCAUAUUACACUUAAAUUGUAAGCUUUUGUUCUUUUCAUACAGUGCACAGCACAACAUACUCUGACAUUACUGCCAUAUAAGUAGCUGUCAAUGUGCCUAACACUUUCCAUUAUACAUUUUUUUCCCCAAUGGCUUAUAACUUUAUAACCAUUCAGAUUGCAGGUCUCCAUGCUGCAUAUUUUGCUCGUGUGAGAAUUUUCUCAAACUGUUUCACGGAGAUGCUCUAGUGUGUGUUGAAACAAGAAUCAUGUUAUUCUCAGGCAAAUACUCUUUACUGUUCCUGUGAAAAUGCACACAUUUGGCUUCUGAAAAUUCAGCUUGCACAGUCAGUUAAGGGUUGUUAAGAGGCUGGCAGUUUUCAGGAGGCACUGAGCAUGCUUCUUCCCUGGCUGAAGCAGAUGAACAGAACUUACCUUGCAAUCGCUGCUCCUGGUCUCUGGAGUGAAAAGAGAUGGUUUGCUUUUGUGUUCUCCCUCAUUAGUGCUUGGACAAUGAGGAGUGGAGGGUAAAAGGGUUUAUAAUUUAUUCUACCUCAUUCCUUACCAGUGGUGGAUUCACAGAGGCUGACAGCCAAUUUCUCCCCAUUACUGUUAAAAAGAACCUUAAGGCUGAGCUUUCAAGAGCUAGGAAACAUCAAAAUUAGAGUUGUUCCUACAACUACAUUUUGGCCAUUAAGAAAAAGGUCUCUGGUGUGAACCACAAGGGACAAGCUACCUGAUGACUUGUGGGGGUCAACUGGCUUCAUACUGUGGAACAUAUAUUUUCAGUAAACCUAAAAUUAACUGGAAAAAAAACACAUUUAAAGAGCCAGGAUGCACAGCUGAGCUUACAAGAGUUAGGCAGUGACAGAACUGUGGCUGCCUAUGCAACUUUAGUUUGCAGGUAUGAAUUGUGUAACAACUAUUACUUUUGCAGCAUUUUAGUGUCCUUGUUUGACUGCUAACAGUAAAGAACACCUCAGAACUAGGAAUAGUCUCAUUCUAUACUGUGUUCAAGAGACAAUGCUGCAUAUUCUAAUAUGGAUCAUAGCCAAUAGAUUAUCCUUUGGAUUUUGUUAGGCACCUAGUUUAAGAUACAGAUUUCUCCUUCUCAGAUUUGAAAGUAAUUAUUGGACCUGGUAUCACUUUAUUAAAGCAGUAGCAGUAAUGGUGCUAGAGAUCAGUGGGGCAAUAAUGGAGCUAGUAAUUUAUGAAAUGUAAUACCCAUGUCACUCUGAAACAACUGUAACUGAGGAUCAAGCUUUGUCAGUUGUAGGUCACAGGUGAACAAUUAAGAUUAAAAACAAAAC